AUGUUGGAAAUAUUUAUGUUGUUUCUGUACGGUUGGAUUGCCGGCGUCAUUGCCGUGCCGAUCUGUUACCUUUACGGCCUUGAAAGUUUUACACAAUUUGUGCAUUGUGGAAAUAAAGUCUUGUGGUUUUUGUACGCAUACCUUUCUGGAAAAGACGUUGCCGCCACCCAUUUUAGGCAGACGAGCUACAACGAGAGUGCCAUUAGCAGCACGUCGUUGAGCGCUUUGUACUCGGCGGACUCAAAAACACCACUGCCGGAUACGACAGGCGUCUCGCCUGCGCGACACAUGUCCGUGUGCCGACUCUCUUAUUUAACGGAUCACAAUGUGUUUGGCGCGGCGCAUGACUGCCGGUUGGUGCUGCACGACAAGUACUUGUUUGUAUACGAGGUGCAGAACUCGCACGGGGUUGGCAGCCACGAGCGUGUCAUCACUGGGGAACGGUUGAGGGGUCGUGUGCGAACCGAUCGCAUCGUUGUGCAGCCCUCUUUUCUGCCGGGUGGCAGCCGUCGCGGGGGGAAUGCAGGGGCGGUACACGGACACGUGUUGCACAUCCGUCCCCGCGACGGCGGGCCUUUGUUUGAGGGCGAUGAGGAGAAUAGGGAAGGUUCUCCCUCAGUGACGUACGCGUCUUUUCGUGGUGGCACCGCUUCGAACUCAGGCAUGACGCGAAGUGCCAAAAACAACGUGGGUGACAGCACCGUUUUAAGUGUGAACGGGAUUGUUAAGAGUAGCAGCGGCAGUAGCAACCAAGAAAAGGUCUAUGGAUCCCUUGCAGUGGCGGAGAGUGACGCGGAAUCUCGUCCCGGGAAUAAACACACUAUCGUUGUGAAGUUCUACUACAUGCGGGAGCAGGAGCGGUGGCAGAGCUUACUCGAGGGACAACAGGAGGCCGCGCAGUGGCGGGACUACCUACAGACAAUCACCACACCCGAUUCAUUCAAUCUUGUUCUUACGCGUCUUUUCCGACAGAACAUGCGCACAACGGCACUGACCAAUUUUAUAGGAGCAAAGUUGCAGAAGAAAUUUGAUGAAUUGAGCAUGAAGAAUUUCCCACGUGAGAUUGAGGGGCGGAUCCUCUUGGAUGACUUCCUCAUUGGGGAGGAGGUCCCUAUCUUUAGCAAUUUCUCUUCUCCAAAGAUUGUGGCCGGUGGAGAGAUGAUAUUUGACUUUGAUCUGCUUUACCGCGGCGGGGCGACGUUGUGUUUGUGUCUCAAUCUCACCUACCGCGGUAUUCGCAUCCCGCACGUUGUGUUCUCCGUAAAGAUUAAGUACCUCUCGGCGCGUAUGCGUGUUAGUGUGGGACCACCGCCCAGCAAGAAGUUUUGGCUUGGCAUCCUUUCACCACCGGAUAUUCGCCUGGAGGUGCAUCAAGGCAUGCAGUCCGGCCGGGGAUUUCUGCACCGCAUCCUCAUUUCGCUGCCGGACCUGAGCCCCAUCGCAUCCAACCUCAUCAAACUGUACCUCAUGCAUGACAUGGGCCUUCCUGCCCUGGAUGACUUCCCGCUGCCGAGUAUAGAAAAGACACCGCCGUCGUCACCGAAUGCGUCACAGAAGAAGAAGUGGGAUAUGCGGUUUGAUAGACACAACGCCGUGGCACGUAGCCGGGGUCAAGUCAACCUCAAACAGGAGCCACCGGCAUCGGCAACUUUGGAAGAAGCCACAAUCGACGGCUUUGGGAGCAACACAAAAGAGGAGAGCGAAUUUUUCAGCCCUGCCCGAACCCCAGCGUUGAAAGUAAUAGCAUCCGUGGAUGAGGGUACACACUCUAUGGGCCAUGGCGAUAGCAGCAGUACUGUGAAUGUCAGUGGUAGCGUGCUGGCAACAACGGCCACUCUUCGUGAACUCAGUCAAGGAGUCCUCUUGUCGCCUUCGAACAUUGCUUCAUUACCGCCGAACUCGGAGGACGGGCGGAGGCUGCGGCUAAAAGUUAAGGCGCGUAAUGUGAUGCGGCUGGCUGUGAAACGCGUUCGCGGAAUGCCAGAAUCUCUUACUGGGGGUUCUUUUUGGAAGUGA